AAAAAGAAAAAGGAAGUGGUGGUGGUUACUUCUGACCAGAAGCCUGAUCAACUUAAUGGCUCUGGCCAGGAAAAUGGGUGGAAGAACAGGAAAGGGAAAGCUAUUGCUGUUGAUGUGCAGAAGGAAAAACCUAGGAAGGAAUAUAGACAAAAAACAGGGGUUCAAGGUCCAGUGGUUGGAAAAAGCUUUGACAUCUUGAUUGAAAUCAAAGAUGCUGUAGAGGUGAAUAAUGGUAUGGAGAGGGGGCAACAGACUCAGAAGGAACCAGAAGUAGGAAAUAUCUUAGCUGAUUUGAACAAGGUGAAUGAUUUGGUGGAUUUGGAUAAUGAUGUUGAAAAAGAUCAAUUUAUCCAAAUGGACUUGGGGGAGAGUGUUCAGCAGCAAAGGGAGAAUGGUAUAAGAGAGAAUCAUGAGAUAGAAUGUUCUCCAAUAAUACUGGAAAGAGAUGCUCAGCAGGAUUUGGGAGUGCAGAAUGAUAAUAUGGGGGUUUACAAAGAGGCUCAGAGGACAGGGUUUGAAUCAGAUACUGCUGGAACUAAUAAGGAAAAUGAUGAUGUGGAGAGUGGCUCAGUGACUCAGAAACAUUUGAACUCUCCUAAUGAUGAUGGGAACAGUUUGGAGAUUGUGAACAGUGUCUGUCUGGGAUCAAUUAGAAGCAGAGGGCCUGGAUUAUGUCUGGUAAUUUCUGUUAUGUCUGAUGUGUCGGUUUUUUCAGUGGUCUUCUGCUUGUCUGGCUGUCUGCUGCUGCUGCUGGGCUGUGUGCUGUGCUGUGCUGGGUGUAGUGACUCUGUUGAUGGGUUUGUGCAGGGAUUGUCCAGCUUGGGUUUGGAGGAUUGCCCAGGAGCUGUUUUCAGGGAUUUUAUCCUGUU